GCAUUCCUUUUGACUCAUUCACCGAGGCGUCUUGCCCGCAUCGCUCGGUUUGGCCCUCAUUCGCACCGCCGGUCCGCCGCAUUCGGCUUGAUUUGGAAACCUCGUUAAAAGAACACGCUCUGCCAUUCCCUCCUAGCAGGACGCUCAAGCAGGCGCCACCGCCACCAAUCAACCAGCCCUUGCACACAAGUCUCCUCCUACCAUCAGUCAAACUCAACUGGUACCUCGCUCGAGAUGGCCCCGCGAACCGACUUCCCGCCCAUUCGGGCCUGCCUCUUCGACAUGGACGGCCUGCUCAUCGACACUGAGGACCUCUACACCCUGUGCGUCAACCUGGUGCUCGAAAAGUACGGCAAGGGCCCAAUGCCCUGGUCCAUUAAGGCUCGCCUGCAGGGCCGGCCCGGCCCGGCUGCCAACAAGAUCUUCCAGGACUGGGCCCAGCUGCCCCUCACCCAUGAGGAGUACAUCGCCGAGCUGAGCGUGCUUCAGCAGAAGCUGUUCCCGACGACAAAGCCUCUGCCGGGAGUCCCCCAGCUGCUCGCGGACCUCAAUACUACGGGCAAGGGUGACGGCGCUGGGGCUGGAAAAGUACACCUGGCCCUCGCCACCAGCUCGCACGAGGGCAACUUUCGCAUCAAGACGAGCCACCUCGGUGAUCUCUUCUCCGUGUUUCCCGAGGAGCGCCGCGUGCUGGGCGACGACACGCGCCUGCAGCCUGGCCGCGGUAAGCCCCUGCCAGAUAUCUUCCUCCUCGCGCUUAAGACCAUCAAUGAUACGCUGCCUGCCGGCGAACGGCCCAUCGCGCCCGAGGAGUGCCUCGUCUUCGAGGACUCGGUACCGGGCGUCGAGGCGGGCCGCCGCGCGGGCAUGCGCGUCAUAUGGUGCCCGCAUCCGAUGCUCAAGAAAGAGGUCGCGGGUCGCGAGGAGGAGGUACUGGCCGGGCGCACGGGCGAGGCCGGAGACGUGGACCUGCAUCAGGUAGGCGAGCCGGGCGACGGGUGGGCCGAGUACUUGGAGACGCUCGAGGCGUUCCCGUACGACAAGUAUGGCAUCGUGGUGGCUCCGGCGGGUCAAUAAAGCCGGGGUGGUGUUGCAUGCCGAGAGGUCUUACACAUGACCAGCCGACUCUGCAUGCAUUGCUACCUUGUGGCAGACGUAGACGUACAAAGUACUUCAUAGGCGACAGAUACCACUACCAGUAGUAUGACGUUGCCGCCCGACCCCAACGUCCUUUUGGGCAAGGUGAGAUGGACAGGGGCGGCGCAUGGAAGAGCACAUAUAGACCGCAUUCGCAAUAACGGCCGACCGUAAUAGUACCACUGCCAGCAGACUCACAAGCCAUGGACUCAUAAGCCACAUUGAAGACCCCGCGCAGACCAGCAGGGUGGGAAGCUUCAACGGGCAAGCGGCAGGAGUGUCCUGGGUCACGAUGAAUACUCAGCAUAGGAGAUUACAAGCAAGUACUUCGUACAAUUGCGAAAAGCCCUCUGGCUUGGGAAUCGAAUUGCGUGCUACUCAUCGACAAUUGUGCUCAACCGGUGGAGCCACGGGAC